UGCCCCACACCAGGUCGGAGAGCUGAGCUCUACCAUGGCCGAAUCCGCCAAGCUGCAGCUGUUUGCCAGUGAGGACGGAGAGAGCAUUGGGCAUUGUCCAUCCUGCCAGCGGCUCUUCAUGGUCCUCCUUCUCAAGGGGGUACCCUUCACCCUCACCACCGUGGACACGCGCAGGGCGCUGGACGUGCUGAAGGACUUCGCGCCUGGCUCACAGCUGCCCAUCCUGCUUUAUGAUGGGGAUGCCAAGACCGACACGCUGCAGAUUGAGGAAUUCCUGGAGGAGACGCUGGGGCCGCCCAACUUCCCCAGCUUGGCGCCGCGGUACCGUGAGUCCAACAUGGCUGGCAACGACGUCUUCCACAAGUUUUCCGCGUUCAUCAAGAACCCCGCGCCCGCGCAGGACAACGCCCUGCACCAGCAGUUACUGCGCGCGCUCGCCAAGCUGGACAGCUACCUGCGCUCUCCGCUGGAGCACGAGCUGGCGCAGGAUCCACAGCUGCCGGAGUCGCGCCGCCGCUUCCUGGACGGGGACCAGCUCACGCUGGCCGACUGCGGGCUGCUGCCCAAGCUGCACAUAGUGGACACCGUGUGCGCGCACUUCCGCCGGGCGCCCAUCCCAGCUGAGCUGCGCGCGGUGAGACGCUACCUGGACUGCGCGCUACAGGAGAAGGAAUUCAAGUACACGUGUCCGCACCGCGCCGAGAUCUUGGCCGCCUACCGGCCCGCCGUGCAACCCCGAUAGCGCCUGUCCGCUCCCUUUAUAAAGGCUCUCUG